CGCCGGGGAGGAUGAGCGAAGGGGUCGCCUCGCCCCCGGGGGCUGCCGCCGCCGCCGCCGCCCAGGAAGGCGGCGGGGGGGCGGCGGGGGGCGACGGGGCCCCCGACCCGGCGGCCCGCGAGGUGCGCUGCGGCGACUGCCUGGUGUGGAACCGGCAGCAGACGUGGCUGUGCGCCGUGCCCCUCUUCAUCGGCGUGGUGGGCCUGGGGCUCAGCCUGAUGCUGCUCAAGUGGAUCGUGGUGGGCGCCGUCCAGGAGUACGUGCCCCCCCAGCUGAUGGACUCCAAGGGCAUCGAGCAGGACCCCUUCUUCCUCUCCAAGCCCUCCGCCGUGCCCAAGAGCGUGGAGACCACCACCACCACCACCACCGCCGCGGCCGCCACGUCCAGGCCCCCCAACCGGAUCAGCACCCGCCUCACCACCAUGACCAAGGCGCCCACCCGCUUGCCCGGCACCCGGGGACCCAUCCGGGCCGGCCCGCCGCGCUCCACCACGCCGCGCCACCCCGUGGGGCCCCCCACCGUCUUGGCUCCCACCAGCACCACCACCGCGGCCGUGGCCCCCCCGGGCACCACCCUGCUGAUCUCCCGCCCGGCGCCUGGCACCCCGGGCACCCCGCCGCUGCCCCUGUGGCCCACUGCGGCAUACACUACCUCCUCCUACAAGACCUAUCUGCAGGACUCGGCCCCCUCGUGGACCUUGUCGCCCUUCCAAGAGGCCAGCUCCACCACCCUCAGCACCACGCCGGAGGCCCAGCCCAGCCCCAAACACCAUACCACAACAUACUCCACUGAACAGUCUGAGCACUUUAAGCCAUGCAGAGAUAAGGAUCUUGCAUACUGCCUGAACGAGGGGGAAUGCUUUGUCAUCGAAACCUUAACAGGCUCCCACAAACACUGCCGGUAA